GCAUCUCAAAUUUUCUCCCAUUGAACAAGAACACCAUCCCUCAUAAAAUCUUCACCAAACUUUGAUUCAAAACCACCACCUCUACCUCCUUUUUUUUUGGCUUAUUCACACUCCCGAAUGCUGACCUCACUCUCCGAUCUGCAAUCCCGUCAUCUCCGCUCGCCUCCACCGGCCCCGUCGGCCGUCCGAAGAUUCCAGGUUCACUCCUCUCCUUCAAUUCGCUCAUAUUCAUUCUUGCUCUUCCUUAAAAUUCACGCUUCGUUGAUAAUUAAUGGAGAGUCUGCGACUAAAUGAAUCCGAUCCGACCAAUCCGUUCGAUCGGAAAUCCGACGGAGACGGCGACGCCUUAACCGCGUCGCCUCCGUCAAGGUACUCCUCGUUCGGGCAGUCGGAGUACGACCGCUACUGCAGCGCGAACUCGGUCAUGGGCACGCCGAGCAUGUGUAGCACAGUCACAGUUUUUAAUGAUUUUCCGGAGCCGGAUUUCGGCUCCGUGAGGAGUCUAGGGUUUGGGGAAGACGGCGGCGGCGGCGUUGAGGGUUUCAGCUUGGGAGGGAGGAGUGUUAUGAGUAAUCGAGAGGAUCGGAGACUUUCGAGUAGUGGUGGGAUUGAAUUUAGUAGGGAGGAUAGUAUUAGAGGCCGUCCGGGUGAUAAGUAUGGGUCUAGUGGGCUGGAGUUGUAUGGAAAUGAGGAUGAUGAUAUCGGAGUUGAUGGCGGUGAUGCUAAUGAGUUGAUGUCUUGGAAGCUUGAGAAGAGUGGACCGGGUUUGAUGGAGGGUUCGGAGCUCAAGUGUGGUUCAGAUGAUAGUGAGGAGGAGAAUGUUGAAGGAAGAAGAGUUGUGGGGAAAGAUAGUGUUGGACUUGACUGCGUGUUGGAUCGUGACGAGCCAAAAGAGGUUGGAAGUGGUUCUCGGAUGGGAAUGGAAGUUGAAGAGAGAUGUUUGGAUGGUGGAGAGGUGGAGAGGGAAGAAGGGGCGUCAUCGAGAAAUGAGUAUUCGGAGGAUGAGGGGUCCAUGUACAACUAUGGUACAGAUGAUGAGCCUAAGAGUGACUUUUAUCAUCAACAUCAUGAGCAAUCAAAACCGAAAAAUGAGAAUGAGAAUCCGUUUCUUAUGAACUCAUCUGUAGCUUUUGGUUCUGAUGAUUGGGAUGAUUUUAUGCAGGAGAGUGAACAAAGUAAUGUAGAUUUUUCCACUAAGAGUGUGUUCCAAGAUCGGAGAGAACUGAAUGUGGAAAGUGAAGGGAAAGGUUUAAAUUCUGGUUCCGUUGAUUCACAGGAGGGUACGUGCCAAACUGAGCAAGAGAAGGAUGUGACUGGCAUGCCGAGAGGUAGCGUACAUGUUGAAGCUGGUAACAAUCUGGCAAAAAAUGUUGAAAAUUUCAGAGAACCAGCUAAGUCUCCCAAUUUUGCUGAACCAGGAGUUGAAGAUGUGAGGGACAUUCCUGUGGCCAGUUAUCAGGUCCAAGCUAUUGAUGAUUUGAUUGAGGUUACCAAAAGUUCUAUUACCACACCAACUGAUAUUCAAAAUGUUCAAGAACCAGAACAGGAGGAUUUGAAAAACAUUGUGUUGACCAUGAAUAAAAUUUCAGUUCCCGACGAGUCAUCAAAUUAUCCUAAAGCUGCGUUGUUUGCCAAUUUUUCCAAAAUACAGCUCAAUUCAGAAGCAAAAGAAGCUCCGGAGAAAAAGGGUUUCAACAUUAUGGUUGACGACAUGUCUGAUGUGCAUACGUGUACUAAUACUGAGGUCACUGGAAUUGAUGAUGGUCAAGAUUUAGGAAAUAAAAAUUUUGGGAAGAUAAAAGUUAAACUGGACCCCCUUUCUGAGAUAUCAACAGAUCAACUGAGUAUCCAUUCAACUGGACCUCCUGAAAGUACAAAGGCAGAAUUCUUUGAAGACCAUAAGCCAAAUUCGCCAACCUUAUUUUUUGAAAAUAAUAUGACGAGAAAUGCUCCUGUUUCAAAGGAUCUCUUUGAAAAAUACCCUAUGCCACUUAAGACAGAUAAUUUGGAGCUGAAUGAGUUUGAUGAUGAGUUUGUUAAUGAUAUGGAAGAGAUAUUGCUCGACUCUGCAGAGUCACCAGGAGCAAGGUUCAGUCAUGGUAACAGGAACUUACAGUCACAACUAUCUCUACCAUUAAGAGAUGGUGGAUCGACUGCUUCUACUUCUGGCACAGAUGAUGCUUACCUAUUUAAUCAGCAUUCACUCAGAAUUGAUGGGGUUGAAGUGGUGGGUGCAAGGCAGAAGAAAGGAGAUGUCUCCUUUAGUGAAAGACUGGUAGGAGUGAAGGAAUACACUGUUUAUAAAAUGAGAGUGUGGAGUGGCAAGAAUCAAUGGGAGAUUGAACGUAGGUAUCGUGAUUUCUUUACACUCUACCAUCGGUUGAAAACAUUGUUUGCUGACCAUGGAUGGAAUCUACCUUCUCCCUGGUCUGCUGUAGAAAAGGAAUCCAGAAGGAUUUUUGGAAAUGCAUCUCCUGAUGUUAUUGCAGAGAGAAGCAUACUAAUUCAAGAGUGUCUACAGUCUGUUCUCCAUUAUAGAUUCUUUUCAAAUCCUCCGAGUGCAUUAAUUUGGUUUUUGUCUCCUCAAGAUUCAUUGCCAAGCUCCAUAUCGUCAAAUGCACCUGACUCUGUUAACAGAAGGGCAGACACAGAAAAUGUGUCCACUUUUGGAAAAACGAUAUCACUUAUUGUCGAAGUUCAACCAUACAAAUCUGUGAAGCAGAUGCUUGAAGCACAACAUUAUAUGUGUGCAGGAUGCCACAAACAUUUUGAUGAUGGGAAGACUCUGAUACGGGAUUUUGCACUGACAUUCGGAUGGGGCAAGCCUCGAUUGUGUGAAUAUACAGGUCAAUUAUUUUGCUCUUCAUGCCAUACGAAUGAGAUUGCAGUUUUACCAGCCAGAGUAUUGCAUCAUUGGGAUUUUACUCAAUAUUCAGUGUCACAGUUGGCUAAAUCUUACCUUGACUCUAUACAUGACCAACCAAUGCUAUGUGUCAGCGCAGUUAAUCCGUUCCUUUUCUCAAAGGUCCCAGCCUUGCGUCAAGUUAUGGGUGUUAGGAAGAAAAUAGGCGCUAUGCUUCCAUAUGUUCGCUGCCCUUUCCGCAGGUCAAUCAACAAAGGUUUAGGGUCUAGAAAAUAUCUUCUAGAAAGCAAUGAUUUUUUUGCGUUGAGAGACCUCAUUGAUCUAUCAAAAGGAGCCUUUGCAGUGCUGCCCGUGAUGGUGGAAACUGUCUCGAGGAAAAUUCUUGGGCAUAUAACAGAGCAGUGUCUCAUAUGCUGUGAUGUGGGAGUUCCCUGUGGUGCACGACAAGCAUGCAAUGACCCUUCAUCUCUCAUUUUCCCUUUCCAGGAAAAUGAGAUUGUAAGGUGCCCAUCUUGUGAAUCAGUAUUUCAUAACCUUUGCUUCAAAAAGCUCACAAACUGCCCUUGUGGAGAACAACUGAGAGCUGAUGAGCCUGCAGAGCACGAUCGGAGGGCAAGCUCUUUGCUUGGCCUUGAGGUUAGUGGUGUACUGGAUUUGUUUGGGAAAGGGUCGGGUUCUGGAUUACUCUCGGGAUUAUUUUCAAAGGUGAAGACAGAUAACUCAAGGGAACAUAAAGACGGCGACAAUGUCAUUUUGUUGGGUUCCUUCCCACCUACUUCAUUAUAAAACACACGCAUACAUACUUUACUUUGACUAUCAUACAUACUUUGGCUUGCAUGGAAAUUUUACACCUCUUUCUCGUAUCUUGAAUAAUCAGAACUGACCGAGCCAUCAUUGUUGUAAUUAAAUUUGUUGUAAAGCAGGGAAACAUUCUUUUUGGCUGGUCUUUCUUCUUUGUAAUGAAAGUGGAGAAGUGUUGGGUGACUUGUGUCCUUUACUUUCGAAAUCCAAUAUCAACGUAUUGAGU